UGAUGAAUUUUGCUGGAAUCGAGUUUGAGGAGAAUGACGGGGGUGGUAUAGAAAUCAUAAAUAUUAAAUGGCUAACGCCAAGAAAGAAAGAGAUCUUUUGGCCGCCCUUCAAGACCAACAAACAAUUUCAUAGGGCAUUAACAAGAGGAGACAGCCCAGAGGAGGGAGAGUGGAAAUUGUAUUCCAUAAAAAGAUUUUUUUUUGAGAAUGUAAAUUAUACCGAGGCAGAAAAAAAAAUUAAACAGGCAAAGAUUACUUCAGACCUUGACACAGAUACCCAAGAUACUCAAGCAGAAAUUGGAAAACGAAAAAGGUUUCCAAGGCGUCUUUCUUUUAGUGAUGAUGAUUCUGAAGAAUCCCCAAGAGUAGGAACUAAGAAUAAGGCUCCUCCUCAUAUUAACUAUGAAAACUUUCUUAGUGCCCAAAGUGAACCUAGCACUCAAGCACAUCCUAGAGAAUCAUUAGCUUUAAGGGAUACUCUUAUAAGUAAACUUUUUAGUCAAAGGGAAUCAUUAUUAGCUUCCCAGGAAGUUGCAGGUCCUUCAUCUUGUCCCACAGUACAUACAUCCGGAAGUCAGGGUGCAUUACCUGAUGUUCAGAACAAUCAUGUACUUAAGGUGUUGAUGUCAGUCAAGGAACAGACUAGCGAAAUUUUAAACUGGAUUAGAAAACAAAAUAGCGCUUCAAAUGUGAUUCCCAAUCAGUUACCGGAAGAUGUUCCCGUUUCAUUUCCUAUUACUACGUUGGAUGAUAUUGUCAUUUUCGAAAAUUAUCUGAAUUACAAUGAAAAUUUAUUGGCUAUUUGCAAAUACUUGUCCACAGUUGGCGGACGAGACCUUACUGGCCGGGUAAACAGUAUAUUAAAGAAAUUGAUGUGCAAUGAAGUGGCUGUAAACUAUAGUUUUUUUGGAAGUCGUUCCAAUAAACGUGCUUUUUACGAUUUAAAAUUAAAGGUGCUUGUAAUUCGUGCAAUACAAAUAACAUCUCCAGGUGUUACAGAAAAGGACAUAUGUACACAAAUUAAGGUGUGGUUAAAACAUGCUCCACAGCGAGUUCAAAACGAAAACAAAAGGCGUAGAAUUAAUUAA